UUUAGGUUUACUCCGUUUGGAAUUUGUAUUCGAAUAGAAAGACAUUUGCACUAGAAAAGUUUAAUUUUUUUCUUUCUUUCACUUUUUAAACUCUUUUUUACCCCAAAGAAGUAGCCUAUAGCCUACCUGUUUUCAUUUUUUUGAAAGGAUUUACACAGAAAAAUGAAGCCACGGAUUUUACUGACCUUCCUGAUGUUUGUUGGUUCAUGUUUGUGUAAUGGAUCUGAGCUGGCUUUCCUAACUGAGCCCAGUGAUGUUAUUGCGGUACGGGACAGGCCGUUGAUGCUGGACUGCAGGGUGGAAGGCGAGGGUCCCAUUACGGUGACGUGGCAUAAGAACGGAGCUCCGCUGCUUGCGGGAGUGGGCAGUCGGGCGAAGAUCCUAUCCAACGGCACACUCCUGAUUCGCAGCUUCCAGAAGAGACGGGAUGGAGAUGCUACCGAUGCUGGAGAGUAUUACUGCGCUGCACAGAACCACUACGGCAUGCUGGUCAGCCGCAAGGCCCGUGUGCAACUGGCAUCUCUUCCAAAAUUCCACACUCACCCAGAGUCCAUGGCAGUAGAUGAGGGAGGUGUUGCACGUUUCCAGUGUCAGGUCAAUGGUAUUCCUGAGGCCAACAUUACUUGGGAGAAGGACCGUGUUGUGCUUGGAACAUCUGAUGACAGGUACACACUUCUCCCAAUGGGUAUUCUGCAGAUAACAGGAGUUAAGAAAUCAGAUGCUGCUGUCUAUCGCUGUGUUGCCACUAAUAUCGCCAACACCCGCUACAGCCAUGAGGCCUAUCUGAACGUAACCGGAGGUGUUCCUCGCACCUAUAAGGAGCCAGUCAUCCUGUCCGGCCCACAGAACCUCACCAUCACCAUCCAUCAGACUGCCAUCCUGGAGUGUAUCGCCACUGGAAACCCUCGCCCGAUUGUGUCUUGGAGUAGACUUGAUGGCAGAUCUAUAGGAGUGGAGGGCAUCCAAGUGCUCGGGACGGGGAAUCUGAUGAUCUCCGAUGUCUCCCUUCAGCACUCUGGGGUGUAUGUGUGUGCUGCCAACCGGCCUGGUACCAGGAUGAGGCGUACCGCAUUGGGCAGACUGGUAGUUCAAGCUCCUCCAGAGUUCAUUCAGUGGCCGCAGUCUGUGUCUAAGCCAGCAGGAGGCAGUGCUGUGUUCACAUGUGUGGCUCAGGGUGUUCCUGAGCCUCAUAUUAUCUGGCUGAAGAAUGGAAAGAUACUCACACCAGGCGAUAAUGUGAAGCUCACUAACAAUAACAGCACCCUGGCCGUGACUCGUAUCACAUCAGAGGAUGAGGCCAUAUACCAGUGCAUCGCUGAAAACUCUGCCGGCACUAACCAGGCCAGUGCUCGUCUGGCUGUGUCCCUGGCCAAAGAGCUGCCCGAUGCUCCUCAGGGCCUGAAAGCCACGGCUCUGUCUAAAACCACCCUGCAGCUCUCCUGGACCCAGCCACCAUCCGAAAUCACAGACGGGAUCAUCGGAUAUGUGCUGCAUAUCCGCAAAUAUGGCGAGCCUGAAAGUAAAGAACUGCAGGAGGCUGUGAGUAAGACAACAUUUCAGCAUGACCUCACAAACCUUGAACCCGCGACCACCUUCUCCAUCUACCUGAAGGCUUACUCUCCACUGGGUGCUAGUGAACGGUCCAGUACUGUUGUUUCCACAACACUAGGGGGCGUGCCCAGUUCACCUACUUUUUUCACCAAAGCAAUAAACGCCACAGCAGUCCAGGUCCUGUGGGAGCUGCCCAAUAAGCCUGGAAAAACUGAAGGUUUCCGACUGUCUUACCGCAGGGUCCCCCAUGGAGAGAUCCUGGGGCCAAUUCAGUUACCAUGCCAUGUUAACACUCACACAAUUUCUCAUCUCGACCCCGGCGCUGUGUAUGAAGUCAAACUGGUGGCCUACAAUGGCAAUGGAGAGAGCGACUGUUCAAAGAAACUUGUUUCACUGGCUGAGGACGGAACUAGUGCUAAAACCAGAGCAGGAGAGGAAACUCAAUGUAACUGCAGGGGAGUAGAGAGCUCGGUGAGCAGCAUUGUGGUUGGCAUCCACAUUGGCAUGGCCUGCAUCAUUUUCUGUGUGCUCUUCCUCAUGUUUGGAUAUCGACGCAGUUACCUCUGUAGGAAGGGGACUCAGGACAGCUGGUCUGUGCCACAGGGUGAAGAUGGAGGGCAUCCCAACGGCAUCCCAAAAGCGGCAGUAACACAACCUGCUCAAGGCAUUGAACUGGUUCCACAAGGUCAUAAUAUAGAUCGCCAGGCCCAAUGCCAGGUUCUUAUUGAGCAGCACUCAUCCAGUCUGCCAGGCACAGGCACAGGCACAGGAACUGGCUAGCAUUAGCCCUUAGCUAGCACUGCCUCAGUGAUCUCUCUCCUUGUGGUUCCUCUGCCUAGCCUGCCCACCAAAAUCCCUUUAGUCCAUAUUUAUCAUGCCCAGUAUGUCACCUAAACUGCUGCUACUGUUUAAAGGUGUAAAUGGGCCUGUUUUAACAACAAACGUUUUGCUAAUUGAGCUGGUUUAACUUAGCCUGUCCCAUUUGUUUCUUUUGCUCCCUCCCUUUAGAACCAAAGCUUGACUCCUUAAAGAUCUUUAUUUCGAUGUGUCUGCACAAGAACACCAAAUGAUAGCCUUAGGAGAUAUUGUAGUCAUUUUUUUAUGCUAGCAUGCUAAGUUACAAAUAGUUACUGCACUCUUUCUGAGCAUAAAAACACAAUGGAAGCUAAACACAACAAAAAUGAUACCAACCCCGCUUUAUAUUUUAUUACCAAAGGGCUUUCUUCUAAAACCAAAACUUCCUUUUGCAAUGCGUCCUCUGGUAAUAAGAUGUAGCCUUCUCUUCAGUAUGAUUUAGUGAACUACAUGAUUUACAAAACAAGCUACAAUAAGUCAUAUUCUCAGUUGAAAUGAUUACAGGGAACAGAGGUUUGUUCCAUUUGUUAGCCUUAGCUCAGAUAUACCAAGAUUAAUAAUGUGGCCUUGCUUUUGCCUUCGCUUGUGGUUGUGUGAGUUCAGAUGAAUUGAUUGUUAUAUGUUUCACCACAUGCCUCGAGGCAGGCUGUACCCCAGAGGAACCAUAAAGGUGAUGGAUUCUUCCCACAUUUCCCUCUUUCCUAUUCUUUAUAAUACCCACCAAAAGCUGUAUACCUCCAAAGAUAGCUACCUCAGAAUGUUAUGUUGGGCUGACAUUAGCCCCCUGCUAAUAAAGCUUGCCUACCUCAGCCAAAAAAUAGCAGAUACCCGCUACCCUUCCCACUGCCAGUGCCUGUGCCAGCUGCCUCCAGAACCUGCAUUCAGGUGCCCAUCUGGUCGACUGCCAUGGAGAGUGUGACCGUGGCUGCCCAUCCUCUGGCUCCAAAUAUUGCCUUAGCAGACAAAAGCUGUCUGGGAACCCCUCCCUAACGCAUCGUCCAGAGAUCUACAGAAGCAUUUAAGCCGUGGAAUACUUCAAACACACCUUGGAUCCAUCGUAUGUUUCGGAUAUGAUGAUUAGGAUCCUGCCAAGCCGUUCCAAGGAUUCCUUUCUGAUGCUGCUAAACCUAAACUCCAAAGAAAAAGAUGAAACAGCAUGUACAGAAGGGGAUUUGUUUUGUUCAGAGAAUGUAAUAUGAAAUUACACAUGGAAUGUAUGGACCCUUGAGAAUUGUAAUGGGAUAUUUUUGGGCCUUUCCAUGUGGAUACCACAAAAAAAACCCUGUGAAACCAAAAGCUUAGGAUAUUUUGCUUUCCACCAAGGAAUAUGUGAUGGCAUCGAGAGGAUGCUUAUCCAAAGUGAUUCUUUCCAGCCAAACCAACUGGUCUUUUCUCCAGAUGCCAAAUCGGUUGCCAUGGGAACUUGAAGGAGCUGCGAGAUGAUGGUUGAUUUUGGGUUUACUGAGAAAGCACUGCGUUCUCUCUUUCCCAAACGAACAGGCAUGGCAGCAGAUUAUCCAAAAAUGUUUUUGAUAUGAAAACCAAGCUUUAUGAUAUCCAAAGAUGUAAAAUUUUUAAGGUUUUCAUUUGUCUUUAUAUCCAUGUCCUCUUUAGAUGAACCUAAGCCAUUGUGUUGAUGUUUUUGCAGUUCGUGUUAAAAGGGGAAGCUGCAAUAAAAUGGACUUAAUAACAAACCUAUUCACAUAAACAUCCACAACAGUAAUAUGCUUUAAUAGUCAAACAUUUUCUGUCUUCCCUCUUUUGACAUUGAACUGCCAUAUUUUUCUUUGAAAACCUUUUAACAUUUAAAUAAUAACCAAAUGAAAAUGGGAUAUAUUUUCAAGGAGAUUUUAUAUGUUGAUACAAGAGAAGGAACAUUUGUGUCCUCUUUAUGAUAAUAGAGUUGAACUUGCCAAAUAGUAGAAGAAGAAUAAUAAUACCAAAUACCUCUUUCAUAUUUAACAUUCAUACCCUUUAUCUUUUGUAACACUUCAUUACCAAAGCACAGGAACAUACAUGAGUGAACGAUGUAUGUAUGUAUGAGUUCAUGCAUAAAUGUGUGUUUUGUGAUUGGCUAACAGUAGGUCAAACCUGGAGUCAGUAGAGGUCAAAGAUACCCUUUUAAAAAAAGUCAAGGGAACUAUGCGUAUACAGUAACAUAUGAAUGGAACCAAAGAACCUGAUUUUUUUUACGUAUGAUACGUAUCAAGAAUAAUAUCCUCAGAAACCUGCUUUCCUGAGGACGUUCUUCUCUACUCCAGGUUGACCUAAUGUCAUGAGUGUUAAACGUUUACCCACAAUCACUGCAAUUCAAACAGCCCCUCCAUAGACUAAAAAUGUUAAUUUGAAAGAACUUAAACGUUUCGAGAAAGAAAAAAGGGAGGAUUUUAGAUUUGUAGCUGUAUAGCGUGAUUUGUAUAGUGGUAAACAUUAGAUUACUCAUAUUUUAAAAACAAUAAUUGGUUCUUUUUGUAGAACUUUUUUUCUAUUCUCUUUCACAAAGUUGUCAUGGUACCUACCUUGGUUUGGAAAGACAGCAUUUUGAUGUUCAUUUUUUGUAAUGUUAUUAUUAUUAAUAUUUUAAUUAUUGCUAUUGCUUCUUUUUCUACGUCCAUUUUGAUAAAUGCCAGUUUUUGUUUUUCAUUUCUCUGUAGCAGAUGAAGGAGAAUGUGAAAGUGUUUGUUAGAAACCUAAAAAACAGUGGGUUGAAUGCAGCAGGUUGCCAGAGAUAUGAUUUGGGAUUUAUUAUGUUUAUUUGCCUUUAUAUUCUACAUUUCAAUUUGUGUAAAUUGGCCAUAUGUUAAUGUGCAGAUACCAAGUGCACUUUUAAAAAGGUUUCAAACAGCUAAAUAGCACAUAUAAAUGAGUGAAUCCCCGUCUGUUUGGAUUAUGACCCACUGGUUAGAAAAAAAAAGAAAGAAAAAAAAAUAGUUGAGAACUAGAGUUUGAGGGCUAGAACCAAUGAGGAAAAACAAUGUUUUAACAUGUACUUUCUUUUGAGUUAUUUGAACCUGAAAACACAAAAGCUUUAAAGAGUUUGAGACUGUGAUGUCUCCAACCAAAAAUAUUAAAGACAGAGAUUGGUGUCUAGUGAAUGGACAGUUACAGAGCCACUGUAAACAAAGGGACCAAGCAAUGAAUGCACAAUGCUGUAUAAAUGGAUCAUGGUUGUUGAAUUGUUUUGUAAAUUGGUAACGACUUGAUAUUCAGACUGUAGUCUCUGAAUUGAUCUGUCAUCACCACGAAGCUUGUUAUUCACAUUUAUCAUGUUGCUAUUCCGAUCUUACAGCAUUUCUCUAAUUGGCUUGUAGGUCUUUACCAGAUGGCAAAACUAAAAUGUCAAGAUCCUUCAACAUACUGCACGUAUUGCAUCGUUAACUUGCGUAGAGGUUGUAUUGUCAAGAAUGGGCUUUGAUGAAUUCCUUUCCUGUUUGAAGAGAUAAUGAUGUCUGCCAUUACUUAGCAACCAAUGGGAAUGUCUUUAGAAAUGCUCCAAGAUUUCAUUGCUGAGCUCUCUCUUGAUUAAGGUGACUAUUGUAAUAGCACAGUCUCUGAUCUCUGCUUUUCCUAAUUUGUUCAAAUUCCAGGGCGCCUGAAACCAAAUAAAAACAAAG